CUCAUUAGCCAGCGGCGUCGCCGCGAUGAACUUGUCGGGAACCUGAGGCCGGAGCCCAGCCGAGCCGCGCCAGGGACGGCGGAACCGGAGCCGCAGCCGCCCUCCAAGCCAGGCAGGCAGGCAGGCAGGCAGGCAGGCGGGCCCCGCGCCGGGCGCUCCCGAGUGGAUGUAAAGCGCUGGGCCGGCGCCGCUCCAAGAUGCUUCUAGUUUCCCCGCGGGUAGAAGCACCACGCAUGGAGCCCCACAUCACGGAAAGAAUUCGCAGCUCUCCUCGCUUGAAGGGAUAACGCAGAAGAGACGUUCCCGUCGAGAAACUGAUUGGGCCAAACGUCUGUUUUCAAAGGAUGCUACGGACUCUGCAAUUCCUUCCGAGCUUUGUCUGAGACGGUUUUGCAGAAACCGUGCACGGAGGGGGAUCCGUGAAGAGGAAAGUGGCAGAUGACGCGUCUCCAGCCUCCGGCACCAUGCCUGACGUCCUCUUCCCGAGCGAGAGCAAGCGACUUUGUCUUGAUGACGUCACUCUUGCCAUGGGUCCCGGGACCAAUUCUGUUUCAUGCCCCGAUAUGCAAAACUCUCCAUUUUCAACCAAUCACGGGACUUCCUCGAUGCCCGGACAUGGAAUGCUCCUUGAAAAUAACCACAUGAACGGGAGCGGGAUUGGCUCUCCAUUUUCCGUCCCACCUAACACUGAAGUUGGGCAGAAAGGGCCCCUCGGGGGCCAUUACGGCGAAAAAGGGAGCAACAUGCACGCCGUGGACCAGGAGCUUCAAGAUUUGUUGGAAGAAUUGACCAAGAUGCCGGACCCUUCUCCCAACGAGUUGGACCUUGAGAAGAUCUUAGGGAGCAAACCUGAAGAGCCCAUGGGGAACCUGGCUCACCCGCCCUCAGCCAUGAACAACUCUUCCAAAUCUUCUCCGCAGGCUACCCCCUUGGACAAUCACCUCCCUAACAAAGAUUUUUCUCCUGGUUGCAACCCAAGCGGUGGGUCCCCUCAGAUGACGCCUUCUUCUGGAGCCAGCUACUCGGUUCCGUCUCAGAACAAGGCUGUCGCUUCGCCCAUUUCUUCAGCCACACCCAACAAGGGUCAGAAUCAGGCCAUCCACAUGCCUGGGACAAACUGGCAUGCCCAGCAGUUGAAGCACUUAGCCAGCAAGCAAGCUCCAACUUCCAAGCCCCCAACUCCAAACUGGCCCACCAUAUCUUCUCAAGGUCUCUCGCCUCCUUACCGGCAGGGGUCUUCUCCGCACCACCAGCCCUUCAGUCCUCAAAAUGUCAUGAUCUCCAACAUGACUCCGAACGGCCUUCCAGGAAGCAACAUUCAGAGUCCGCAGAACCCUCUGCUCUCCAGCAUCACGUCCAACAGUAACCCUCCCGGAGGUCUAUCUCCACCUUUUGGGCCAGAGAAGCUCUCCAGUCCGGUCCUCAAUCAGCAGUCGUUCAGCCCUCCGAACUCCAUCAUGCCGAACAUUUCAGCCAACAGCAUUAAGAGUUCUCCCAACCCUUUGGGGCCUCCCAAUGCUGGACCUUCACCGUACAGACCGGAGAAGCUUUCUAGCCCGGCUUUGCACCAACAACCUUUCAGCCCUCAAAGCACCUUGAUCACCAACCCCACCCCGACCGGCAACCCCGCCAACAUGCCAGGUUCCCUCUACAAACCCAUGCCGUCCGCCCAGUCCAAGAACAUGAACGUCAUCAUGACGCAGUCUUCCAACAACAUCCAAACGGGGUUGGGGAACGAAGGUCCUGUUGCCCAAGACCAGUUUUCCUUCAGCAAUACCAAGCCCCUCUCCCAUUUCAGUUCGGAGACCACCCCUCCCCAGAAGAUGUCGCCGAUGGCUUCCACCACGGGGCAGCAGUCACUCAUGCACUAUCUUCAGCAACAAGCUGCAACCUCGCCACAAUCCCAGCAAGUCAACAACAACCAGUUCCUUCAGCAGCAGCUCCGGCAGUUGAUGCAACCGUCUCGGAUGCAACAACGGCACGUCCAGCCCUCCCCGUUGUCAUCACAGGUGCGACAGGACCAGGCACCUGGCAUCGGUGCUCGGAUGCAAGAGCCAGGAGUCCCUGCCAACUCAGGGUCAGUGCCUGCCCAGGCUCCACCCUUGGUGAAUGACUACACCAUGAGGAACCAACUCCUAAAGCAGCAAAUUAUGAGACGGCGGCAACAGCAGCAACAACAACAGCAGCAGCAGCAACAACAACAACAACAACAACAGCAACAACAACAACAACAACAACAACAGCAGCAGCAACAGCAGCUCCAGGAAAAGCAGAGGCAUGGCAUGAUGGGUGUGGCCACUGAGCAAAGGAGUCCUUUUGUGGGACAACAGAUGAACCAGUUUCCUGCAGUUUCGCAGUCCCUGCCAACCGACUGCAGCCAGUCCAUGCAAUCCCCUGGCUCCAGCCACCGCAUGAUGCCACCUGGCCAAGGGAUGCUCCAGAGCUCCUUGGGCCCCGGCCUUGGGCCCGCCGCCGUGAACCAGAACCCCGGAGCCAUGGUGAUGAUCCCCCAUAACCCCAACAAGCAACCCGCCAUCUUCCCCCCAAAUACCGAUUUCAACCUCCCGCUCCGAGGAAGCCAAAACUCGUUGGCCAUGACUUCGGGAUGUCAAACCGUUCACAGCCAUCCCGCGGCCCGGCCAGGGAUGGCUGCACCCAACUUCGCCACUGGGGCUUUGGUCUCCCAUUCUUCCGCCCAGCAGCACUUGAGGCAACCCGCCAUGGCCAGGAUGCCCGCCAUCUACUCCAAUUCUUCGGCGCCGAUGUGGACGCCAACCGUCAUCCCCAGGAUGCCCAGCCAAAAUCCGAUGGAGGCCACCAUGCACCAGUUCCCGAACAACCCCAUCUUCUCCAAACAGAACAUCAGGUCAAGCAUCCCCAGCCAACCGUUUUCUCACCAAGCUGGGCCUCCACCCAACCAGAUUGUUCCUGGGAUGCAGGCCAGACAGAUGCAAAAAAUGAACCUUGGACCUUCUAACCAAAGUUUAAUCCCUCCAAAUAAUCAGAACCUGAGACAUGGUUUAACCAGAGGACCCUUGCCAGCUGCCAUGAAUGUUAUGAAAUCCAUGACCCAAGGGGUCUCGGGGUUCAGCCAACUCAACGCUGGCCCAGCCGUUGGGCCACCCAGUUAUCCAGGCUCGGCUGGGCAGUCCUCUGUAACGUUCAACAGGAUGAACGCUGCUUUGGAGUUGUCGCCGCAAUACGACUUUGUACCCCAACAGAACAACGCCAUGUUGCCCGGGACGUGCAGCGAAGCUGACUUGAUCGACUGUUUGAUGAAGAACAGCGGUGGCACGGAUGAAGACUGGCUAAAUAAUUUGACAUUGAUAGAUGAUAUUUUGGGACAACACAUUCAGAGCGCCGGACAUGUCUGACUCUCGAGAGGAACGGAAGGAAGUGUAAAUAAUUUUGCAGGAUCUGGAAUGGAACCCAAGCAGUGACAAAAACAUAUUUUAAAUAAUCUUUUUUUUUUCCCCUGAAUCGAAAGGGGGAAAAAAAGGAUGUCCACGUUGCUUAACUGCCCUCGGGUGGGAUUUUGGUUUUUUUCCUUUGUUUUAUUGGGGUUUUUUUUUCAAGCAGCUGUGUACAUAUUUGAAUAUUUUGUAAAUUAUGUUUUCCUAAACAUUAAAUAUGGAAGUAUUUAUACUUCUUUGCUGGACGCUGUAAAUACCUUAUAGACUACCUUUUUUUUUUCUUAUAUUAUAGGAAUUACACUUUGUUCUAAAUAUGCAAAUAUUAUUGUUAGUUCCAGUAAUACUGUGUAUUACAGCAUCAAAUAUUUUAUGUUUUUGACAUAACGUAUGAAUGAGGGGUGCCCUGGAAAACAGAAUAAACCGAAAGUAAAAUCCGCAGCUAUUCUUAACUUCCCUCCUUCACCUUGUGCAAAUUGGAUAAAUUCCCGUUUUUUUCAUCGGCCGCCAAAACAACUUCACAAAAUAGCUCUGUGGGACAAGCUCCUACACGAAAUGGAAAAAUGUUGGGGUUUGUGGUUUUUUUCCCAUCUGGGGGUUUCUUCAUGCAGUGAGUCUCUUCUCACGGCACGAUCUUAAGGGGGACAGGCAAAAUUUGGGGUGGGGUCAGUAGUGGGUUUCAUUUACUUUCGCUUCUGGUUUGGAACUGUGAGUGCUCACGUGUGGCGCUUCUGCGCAUGCGCAGGACCUUCUGCACAUGCGCAGAGCGUCCGUGAUGACAUCUAGGCAUGUGGGUGGAGCCCCCACCGCUACCAGUUCACCCGAACCGGGGCGAACCGGUAGAAACCCACCACUGGGUGGGCUGUUGCUUGCAUUGGAAAGCCAAUCCUUUGAAUCUGAUGUAGUCUGUGUAAAAAAAUAAUAAAAACAAAACAAAACUGUG